AGUUUUUCCAGAUCUAGCAACGCUGUCGCUGAGUGUCGUUCUUUUUUGUGCUGGUUUACUACGUAAAAGUGUUGCUCGCUCUGCGUUCGUGCGAUAAAUAAAAUAGUAUCAUUCCCAACCGGGCGUCCAGAGUAGCCCCCUUCUUGGACAGACGGUCGAAACGAAGGAUUGAUAUCCAAUUUCCUGGCUAACACCAAUAUCGAAACCAAGAGUUUGGUCCAAAGUGCGUGCGAGUGUGUUGGUGCGUUUCGCUUCGCGUGUGAGUGUGUGUGUGUGUGCGUGUGUCGUCGUAGCAGCAGCGCCAGUGGAGGAAGAAGAAGCAGCAGCAGCAGAAAAGGAGCAGCGGAAGAAGAAGAUUGUCCAGGCACAUUUGCCGGAACGGGAACGAACCCGUAACUUGGAAGGGACACAAGGCGAUAGAGCGCGUUAGUGGAGAGAGAAAUGCAACAACAACCGGAGUCCGGAGGCGAGGAGAGCUGGCUGGAGGAGCAGUGUCACCGAGAAAUCCACGGUCAGCACGAUGAAUACGAACGGGAGUUUGUGCGUCAGCGGGAUAACAAUCUGGGCACUGUUUGGGGAGCAUUCCAGGAUUCGGCCACCGCCGUUGCCCAGCUGUACAGAGAACGCUCAUCGAACACAUUUUCCUCGGAUACAGGCGCCCUUUGGCUGCCCUUCCAGACCGCAGCUGGCACUGUGACAACACUCUACAAAGAAUCAUGUGAUGGUCUCAAACGCACCAGCGACGCUGCCAUUCAAUGCGGCUACCAAAGACGCACUCGCGAAUUGGCCGAUUGGGCGCGUAGCAAAAAACGCCGCAUGAUACGUCGCGAGGAUCUGUUGGCCUAUUUGGCCGGAAAGCCACUACCGCCAUCCAACUCAAAUCCACAUGCCAAUCGUCGCUCACCGAAGCCGGAGCAUCACCACCAGAGCGGCAGUGGUGGCUCUGGCCUGGGAUUCCACGGCUCCGGACUGGGCCUGACCGGUGGUCCGCUCACAGCUGCCGGCGGUGGGCACUUGCUGUCCGCCGGAGCAGCCGGUGGCCGUCAGGAGGUAACGGGCGGUGCCCCCGGCGGCGGAAUCGGCGAUGACUUGCACACGUUCAAGGAGGCCUUGGUUUUGCGUCCCCGUGGCCCGGAACUAUUCGCAUUUGUCGCCAACGAAAUCGCGCGACACUGCAAGCGUCCCGGGAGUCCCAUCGACGACAAAAUGGACAUUUGCCACUACAGUAGUAAACGCCAGCGCUUCAUGUAAUCCACAAGCAAUUGCAAUUGCGAUCCCAGCCCAAAGCCAAGCUCCCGGUCACUAGGACACCAUGUAACUCCACCUCGUCUAAUUGAAAAUGAAAAUGGAAAUAAAAAGGAAAAACAUAAAGGCCACUGCGAGCGAAUCGAGUCGAAGGCUUGCGAGAACGAGAACAUAAGUAGUAACUUGAUGUUAAGAUUUUCAGUUUAAGAAUUGCCUACCGUAAAUAUUUUUUUUAAUAAAAGCAACCCACUUUUAGCCACCCACUUUGUGCACAUUCAUGCAGCAAAUGUACGUAAAACACACAAAAACCACACACAUGAAUAGGGUUAAGUUAUGUUUUAGUUGAUAGCACUUAAGUGAAAAGUCAUGUCGAUGGUAAUGACACCAGAAGGAAGAUGUUUAUGUUAUAAGGAUAAUGCCGAUGGUGGGCACAAACUGUUAAUCAUUGUCAUCAUGCAUUAAUGCGAACGGAGUGAAAAGCUUAGGAGUACGAUAUCUGUUAUAUGCCAGCUGUGCGUCUGAUUUACGAUUACGAUUAAGCGAAGCGGUAAUAGUGAAUGGUAUUGUAAAAUGUAUAACCCACAAUAUAUUAUACAUAUAUAUAUUUUUUUUUGCAUUAUGCAAACCACAAAUGAAGCUGUGUAAAUAACAACAAAAUAAGAGACACCCCCCAGAAAUCCGAAGCAGAAAUAUAAUGUUACAUAUUUAUAUAUAUACACUCUUUGUAUAUGCUACUUAAAGCCGCCUCAUUUCAUCCAAUUUCCGAAACUUGCAGCUCAAAAUGCCACAAAUGUGGGUGUCCAACGAAAUCGAAAUUGUGCCCAUGACUCAUGGCGGUUGAGGGAGCUGAAAAGGAACUCCGACCCAACUAUGGCUAAUGCUCGGAUGUGGAAACUAAAACUAAAACUAUGAUGUGCAAUCCGUGGUGAUUGUGACUUCAAGCAAUCCAGGUUAUACCAGAUACCCCCCACAUCUAUUUAUACAUAUAUAGAUAGCUAUGUAUAUGAGUAGCAUACGAUGAUGUAACAUUGAUCCACGUAGUUCGGUGAGAGAAAUCCGGAGGCAGAGAAUUACUAAAGCUAAAUAUUGAAGAGGGCAGCAAGCCGGAUAAAUUAAUUGUGUAUCGGCGCGAAGUCAAGAGUCGGGAAUCGAAGUCCUAUGAAAAUAUUGCGUUGUAUUUGUAUGUACUAAAAACUAAACGAUUAUUUAAAAAACGAAAU